UGCUGUAAUCACUGUAUGGAAAACCCAGCAUCAUUUCCUUCUGCCUUUGUAAAAGUUCCUCUUUUUUGGUCUUUAAAAGAAGAUGGUUCCAUGUGGGUAUCACAGUGCUCAGCAGCUUUGCAUACAGGAGAAAACACAAGCCAUAAAGAUCAAAGACAACCCAGCAUCAUGUGCUCUAUGAAGAUAAUGCUGUGUAUGGCACUCCUCGCUGCAGUGGCAGUGGUCAAGGCAUCUACUGACCCCGGCAUAUUUAGCACCUGCUGCACCAGGGUCUCUUCAGCCAAAUCCAAAUUGCAGAUAGUGGACUUCCUCCUGCAAGAAGCAAAUCUGCCUUGUGUCGCAGCUGUGAUGUUUAUCACAAAGGAAGGCAAGGUUCUUUGCUCCAGACCUAAUGUGCCCUGGGUUACUCAGAAGAUGAAGGCCAUCAGUCAAAAGAAAGAAGCACUACAAACAAAAGAAAACAAGGAGUAAAGUUGACAAUGACAGAAACAAUGGCCAUUUCAAUGUCAAAACUGGUGUCUCUAGUUGAGUGGUGUUCGAUUAAUGGUUAUUUAUUCUAGUAAUUUAUUUGUAGUAAUAUUUUAAAUUAAUUAUUGCGUGUAAUAGUUUUAAAACACACAAAGAAACUAGCAUAUACUUAUUUAUUAAUUGUAUGAAGGUGUACUUAUGGUUGUGAUUUAUAAAUGUGUAUUUGUGUUGAAGUAUCAUGUACUGUAAAAUAGGUUAGCUAUGAAAAGCUUAUAAUGGUCCUCGUGGAUAUAAAUGUGUGCGUCACUGGGCGCAACUUAACAUAUUUUUCCUUCAGCGGCAUUGAAAUCUGAAAACAAAAAUCCGUUUUUUUUUUAUUUUUUUUUGUUUUUUAUAAAUAAGAGCAUUGUAUUUACAUUUUUGUAAUUUUUGCUUUUAGUAAUAAUGAUUUCUGAGAACUUUGCUCAUUAUAAUUAGGUAUUCGACCUGUUAAUUUAAUUGUGAAAUUAACUUAGUUUUGGAAAACAGUGGAGCUUGUUCAUUAAGAUAUGAAUUUCCUUCUGAACAUGCCACUGGGCACUGAUGUAGUGCUUUGAAAGCACUGCCGUAGCUUCUGGUGUUCUUUCCUGCUCUCUGUGCCUUUAACAGUUAGGACAUUGUUUAUGUAAUUGGGAAUGGCUAAAGCCUAAUAACUAAUACAGUAAAACCUUGGUUUGCGAGCAUAAUUCGUUCCAGAAACAUGGUUGUAAUCCAAAGCACUUGUAUAUC